GGCGGCGCCAUGGCCGAGCUGGGCAUCGACCAGUCCAAGCUGCCCGGCGUCAAGGAGGUUUGCCGGGACUUUGCCGUCUUGGAGGACCACACGUUGGCCCACAACCUGCAAGAACAGGAAAUCGAGCACCACUUGGCCACGAACAUUCAGCGCAACCGCCUGGUCCAGUAUGACUUGCAGAUGGCCAAGCAGCUUCAGGAGGAAGAGGACCGCAAGGCGCUCAGCCGCUUCCAAGAGCGCCACAAAAACAUAGAACAGCAGGACUGUGAGAUCGCUCAGGAAAUUCAAGUCAAGCUGGUCAUUGAAGCAGAGCAGAAGCGGCGGCAAGAAGAGGAUGAUGAGGAUAUCGCUCGGAUUCUUCAACAGAAGGAGCUUCAGGAAGAGAAGAGGAGGAAGAAGCCUCCCCCGCCAGCCGAGCCUUCGAGGCACAGCGCUUACGAAGAAGGUCACUAUCCAGACAGCAGAGGGACAAAAUCAAAAGGAGCAAAAGAAGCUGCUUACCACAAACCCCGCGUGGCUGGCCAGGAGCUUGAGUUCUAUGAUGCAGAGAUCGCCCGGAAGAUGCAAGAGGAAGAGCUGUUGGCCAGCCACGUGGACAAGAGGGCAGUCCAGGUUGCCCAGGACGAGGAAAUAGCUCGCCUCCUGAUGGCGGAGGAGAAGGCGGCUUACAGAAAAGCCAAGGAGCGAGAGAAGUCGUCUUUGGACAGAAGGAGACCGGACCAAGACUGGAAGCACGAUACACAUGAGUUGGUGCGCCCACGGUCCAGGGAAGGUCCCGAAACUCACCGGCACAGGAAUGACAAACCAACGCGGCCGCCACCGCCUCAAUCGGAGGACCUUGGUCACCUGGGCCAUCAGAGCUCCAAGCCAGAGGCUUCUCAUAAAGGUUACCACUACAAGCAGUAG